CUCUCUUGCUGGUUCUGUUCUCUUGCAGACCCCUAUGACCAGGCCGUCAUAGCAGCAGAUGAAGUGAAGGAGGAGGAACCAGAGCCGUUCCAGAAGAUUGGUCCAAAAACUGGCAAUUACACCUGUGAAUUCUGUGGCAAGCAGUACAAAUACUACACUCCCUACCAGGAACAUGUGGCGCUGCAUGCACCUAUUAAGUUCUCUCGAUCUCCACUCUUCGUGGCAGUGAAGACACAAGCGAGUCAAUCCAGCAAAAAAACACCGGCUUCAAUAAACCGAUGUUCUACCCUCCUGCACCGCACCCCCUCCAGUGUCCCACCGACAUCCCAAUCCCAGAUGUUCCGCACUCCAAAUUCUGGAUCCCCAGGAAGCAAGGCCAUUACAGCAGAAAGUGCUUUCAGCAGGGGAGUGGAAGGCAAAGUGCAAAACAACUUUGAAGAAACAAACAGCAAUUCUCAGAACUCCAGCGCUGUUCAUUCGGGGACAGAAAAACCUAAAGAAAAGAGGUGUAAGCAGAAUCCAUCAGAAACUGCAAGUCCCCUGAUUUCAAAUCCUUUCCCGCUUUUGCAAAAGCCUUACACCUGUGGAGCUUGUGGAAUCCAGUUCCAGUUUUAUAACAAUCUCCUGGAGCACAUGCAGUCCCACGCAGCUGACAACGAGAACAAUAUUGCCUCUAGCCAGCCCAGAUCACCUCUAACUGUUGUUGAAGAAAAGUGGAAACCACAGCUCCAAAGAAAUAACGCCAACAAUACAUCCGCGAGCGGUUCGGUAGGGAACAGCGCGAUCCCAGAGAAGGAGCGGCAGAACAUUGCCGAGAGGCUCCUGAGGGUGAUGUGCACUGACCUUGGGGCUCUGAGUGUGGUGAGUGGGAAGGAAUUCAUCAAGCUAGCACAGACCCUGGUGGAUAGCGGAGCUCGCUAUGGUGCCUUCUCUGUCACCGAAAUCCUUGGCAAUUUCAACACACUGGCUCUGAAGCAUUUGCCUCGGAUGUACAACCAAGUGAAGGUGAAAGUCACCUGCGCCCUGGGCAGCAACGCAUGCCUUGGCAUCGGUGUCACCUGCCACUCGCAGAGCAUCGGCCCCGACUCUUGCUACAUCCUGACAGCUUAUCAGGUGGAGGGCAACCACAUCAAGAGUUACGUCCUGGGAAUUAAGGGUGUAGACAUUCGAGAUAAUGGUGAUUUUAUCCACCACUGGGUACAGAACGUGCUCUCGGAGUUUGUGAUGUCGGAGAUCAGGACGGUGUACGUCACAGACUGCAAAGUCAAUUCCUCUGCGUUCUCCAAGGCAGGCAUGUGCUUGCGUUGUUCGGCCUGUGCCUUGAACUCAGUAGUGCAGAGCGUGCUGAAUAAGCGAACACUACAGGCUCGCAAUAUGCACGAAGUGAUCGAGCUCCUGAAUGUCUGUGAAGAUCUGGCAGGAUCCACGGGCCUCUCGAAGGAGACCUUUGGCUCCCUGGAAGAGACCUCUCCCCCACCCUGCUGGAACUCGGUCACCGACUCCCUCCUGCUCGUCCACGAGCGCUACGAGCAGAUCUGCGAGUUCUACAGCAGGGCCAAGAAGAUGAACCUCAUCCAAAACCUAAACAAACACCUGCUCAGCAACCUGGCAGCCAUUCUGGCCCCGGUGAAACAGGCAGUGAUUGAGCUGAGCAACGAGCGCAGGCCCACCUUGCAGCUGGUACUGCCCACCUACGUCAAACUGGAGAAACUGUUCACUUCCAAAGCUAACGAUGCUGGCGUAGUCAGCAAACUCUGCCACCUCUUCUUGGAGGCGCUGAAAGAGAACUUCAAAGUUCAUUCGGCACACAAGGUAGCCAUGAUCUUAGACCCUCAGCAGAAGCUGCGGCCCGUCCCACCGUACCAGCACGAAGAGAUCAUUGGCAAGGUCUGUGAGUUGAUCAAUGAGGUGAAAGAGUCCUGGGCAGAAGAAACAGAAUUUGAACCUUCAACCAAGAAGCCUCGGGCAGCAGGGGAAGCCACAGCAGCUCAGGAAGAAGAUUGGUUCGGGAAAAAUGAAGUCUAUGAUUAUUUGCAAGAACCUCUCUUCCAGGCCACCCCUGACCUGUUUCAGUACUGGUCGUGUGUUACCCAAAAGCAUACAAAACUAGCCAAGCUAGCCUUUUGGCUCCUAGCAGUGCCUGCUGUUGGUGCCAGAAGCGAAUGUGUAAAUAUGUGUGAGCAGGCUCUCUUAAUCAAAAGGAGACGGCUACUCAGUCCAGAAGACAUGAACAAACUCAUGUUUUUGAAGUCCAACAUGCUUUAAGACUGUCUUUUAAUUAAAACAAAACUUUAAAACACUGUUCCAAACAAAGAAAAAGAAUUUUAAGUUCUAAACACUGUGGACCUCAUUAUGAAUGCCCCUGGAAACCAAGUGCUUUUUUAUAUAUAUAUAAAAAUAUA